AUGGCAAGCCCCGAGUCUUUGAUUCUUCAGUAUUCCGGAUCGGAAUUGGCAGACGAACAGUCUUUCCACAAUCACUUAGUAGAGAAGAUCUCCCAGGCAAGAGCAACAAAAGAUGCCAUCUACGCUGAGCUUGUUUACGACAACAUCGCUCCUUCCUGGAUGGCGAAUGUGGGGGAUGCACUUGAGCGGGCAAAAGGUGCCUUCUGCAAGAGUUAUAACACUUUUACUCUGAUCCUCCGAGUUGUAGCAAUGGCAUCAUUUCUGCAUAAUGUCGACCAGGUUUGGUGCCACCAAAGCGAGAUUCAAUGGCUUGUCUCCGGGAAACUCAAUCAGAAUGAGUCCGACAUGCUGCAUACCACAGCAAAUACCAUUUAUGAAUUUCCCGAUGGGCCAUUUGUUGGCAUCCACAAGGCACCCAAUGUAGCAAUCAACGUGCCAAACGCCAUCAUGCCCAGAAUUGUCGUUGAGAGUGGGUGGAAUGAAUCCCUUAACAGACUGCGAGAAGAUGCAGGAGAAUGGCUCGUCGGAGGAAAUGGAGCUGUCCAAGCUGCCAUCAUUAUGAAUUGGACCUCCAACCGCACAACCCGCCGUGUCCGCGGUGUCGUGGAGCUCUACACAUUGGACAGAAGUGGCAUGCCACGGCUCCAGCAACGCGAGAAGCAAAUCUUCCCGGUCCCACCGGGCAUCCAGCCAGGUAAUCAGGCAAUGACCCUGACACGGCGGAUGAUUUUUGGCCGGUCGGUCAGACCUGGCGCGAGUCCAGGGGAUAUUCUUCCCCUCGGCAUUGAUAGGCUGCGCACAAUAGCGCAGAUCGACAUGGCAAAGAUGGGGUACAGCCCUGCAUGA